CGCGAACAGUUGCGAACUCGGAACUGGCGCAAACGCGUUCAAACACAACACAAGCACACACAGGACCACCAUGUCGGGCGCGAUGAUGACGAGGGCAUCGGCUCGUGGUGGCGCUGGCCCUGCCACGAAGCGAGCACAUGUGAUGCCGGGAGCAUCAAGCCACAGUGUGGCUAGCGUUGCUGCAAGUUCCACCCACACGACAGACAGCGAGGAGGCGCUGCAAGCGGAGGUGGACGAUAUCAUGCUGUCACUGGCAGCAGACGAGGCACAGCAGGAAGCAAACGCGGCCAGCAACGCGUCCGAAGAUGACGACGGCGUCGACGACGGGGAUGAUGACAACAACUUGCAUGGCGCGCACGAUGAGGAGCACAUCACACCAAGUCAACAAAGGCGGCGCAAUGGCCGGCGACAAGUGGACACUGACGCUGACCACGGACAGCACGGAGCAACCAGCGCACAUGGUGCAGUUGCCGCCAAUGGCAACCACAACAACAACGGUGGCGAUGCUGAUGACGACGAUGACAUGGUGGACUUGUUGGACGACGAUACGCUGGCGUAUUUUGAUGGGGAAGCAAGCACAUCCACAGCAGGCGGUGGCUGGCGCCCUGUCGACGAGCACGGCACCCCACCCCUGCAGCACGACCCGCUGCUGGCAGAUUUGCCGCCCAUUGUGGCGCAGUUCUACGUGUCGCGCGGCGUGAAGAACCUGUACCCUUGCCAGCGGGAGAGCGUGCAAGCAGCGCAGCACUACGACUCGCACCGGCCAAACCUGCUGCUCACCCUGCCGACGAGCGGGGGCAAGACGCUGGUGGCGGAGGUGCUGGCGCUGAAGACGAUGCUGCUGCAGCAGAAGGACGCCAUCCUGGUGCUGCCGUACGUGGCAAUUGUGCAGGAGAAGGUGGCGGCGCUGGAGCCGCUGGCGGAGCAGAUUGGCUUUCACCUGGAGACGUACGCGGGCCACCUUGGCCGCGUGCCGCCGCUGCAGCGACGCGACGGGCAGCGCACGCUGUUCGUGGCCACCAUUGAGAAGGCGCACUCGCUGCUGUGCUCGCUCAUUGCCAACCGGCGACUGGGCCGCCUGGGCCUGUGCAUUGUCGACGAGGCGCACAUGCUCGGAUACGGGUCGCGCGGUGGCGUACUGGAGACGAUCCUCACGCUGGUGCUGCACCACGCCCCGCGCACCAUCCGCAUUGUGGCCAUGACAGCGACGGUGGGCAACACGGGCGAGCUGGCAACCUUCCUGCGCGCGCGCCACGUGUCCAGCACGCAGCGGCCCGUCACCUUGCGCGAGCACGUGCUGUUUGAGGGCCGCGUGUACGACAUCACGGGUAUUGCGCAGCGCGAGGAGCUCUGUGAAGACCUGAUGACCACCAACUUUGUUCGCUCGCUCGACAACAGCCCGCUCCAACCAGGGCCUUCACAGUCCCCUCAUCAUCAUCACCAUCACCAGCAGCAGCAGCAGCAGCAGCAGCAGCACACGCAGCAGCACACGCGGCAGGGGACACCGAUGGCUUCUCAGCCCCAGCCUCCGCCAUCACAGGUCAACUUUCGCUCCGCCUCUGACGUGUACACCCGGCAGCAGCAGAAACAGCAGCAGCAGCAACAACAACAACAGCAGCAGCAGCAGCCAGGGCAGGCCUCUCCAGCGACGCCAACAGCGAGAUACGGUGCCGGUGGUGGACGUGGUGGCGUUCCAUCGCAAUCACCGCUCUUCACACCGCCAUCAGCAAGAGCACUGCCGCGCACGCCUCACAACCACGGCGAUGGCAACGGGUACUCCCAGCAGCACCAGCAGCAUCAUCACCCAUCACAGCACCCGUCACAGCAGCCACCAUCGCAGCAAUCGCAGUCACAGGUGCGGCGGCGCAGUGGCCGCGGGAACGACGUGCAGGAUGUGAUUGCGCUCAUGCGCGAGUCUGUCCCGGACCGGCCGUGCCUCGUGUUCAACUCCUCGCGGCGGGCGUGCGAGAACCUUGCACGCAGCUACGCCCGCACCACGCCGCCGACGCAGCUGGACGCCGCGCGCGAGAAGGUGUUUGACGGCAUUGCGCGCGCCAUCACGCGGGAGAUGGCGACGAGCGGCGGCUCGUAUCUGGUGCAGCUGAUGCGCCGCGGUGUGGCCUACCACCACGGCGGGCUCACCAAGGACGUGCGCGAGCUUGUGGAGCGCGCCUACAAGGAGGGGUGCAUCUUCCUGCUGAUCGCCACGUCCACGCUGGCUGCGGGGGUGAACCUCCCUGCGCACCGCGUGAUUGUGCGCACGCCGUACAUGGGCAACAAGCUGCUGACGCGCAGCCAGUACCUGCAGAUGUCUGGUCGCGCCGGGCGCGUGGGGCUGACGGAGACGGGCGAGGCGUACCUGUGCCUGGACAAGGUGAACAUCAAGCGGGCACUGGAUAUUGUGGCGGGGGCGUGCGAGCGGUGCGAGAGCCAGCUUGCCUCGCAGCAGGACCUGAGCCGCCGGCUCAUUUUGUCGCUGGUGUGCGGGUCGUCGCCGCUGGGCAUGGGCGAGGUGGAGGCCUUCUUCAACAAGACGCUGCUUGCUGUGCAGAAUAAAGAGCAGGUUCCCGUGGUCAUUGACGCUGCGCUUGAGUACCUGGCCAACCUGCGUCUGAUUGCCGUGCGCGGGCGCGUGAUCCAGGCCACGCCGCUCGGCUGCGGCAUCAACGCCUCUGGGUUUCCCUGCGACACGGUGGGCCUGGUGUGCGCGGACGUGGACGAGUUUAUGCGGGCGGCGGUGCUGAAGACGGAGCUGCACCUGCUUGGCCUGGUCACGCCCUUUGAGCACGUGCAGCACAUCUCGCCGCAGUUCCACACCAUGCUGGACGACUUUGCCAGCAUGUCCCCCGACGACCAGGCUGCCAUGGAGCGCCUUGGCGCCUCGGAAAAUGUGCUGUCGCGGGCGGUGGCGGGGCGGCUGCCCUCUGCGCCGUCGCACAACAACUGGGCAACGUACUUCAAGUCGCCCACGGGCCGGCUGCGGCGGGUGUACCUGACGCUCAUCCUGUGGACGGUGAUGCACCGCAACGCGUCCAUCUACCGCGCCGCUGCGAAAUAUGGUGUUGAUGCCGGCCUCGUGCAGACGCUGCUGCAGAACGCAGCCGUGUACGCAGCGAGCGUCGCCUCCUUCUGCAAGGAGCUCCCGGCGUAUUGGACCAUUGAGCAUUUGGCGAGCGGGAUGAUCAAGCGCCUCUACUUUGGCGUCCAACACGACAUCGUUGAUCUCAUGGACAUUCCUGGCAUGAAGGCGCAACGUGCCCGCAUGCUCGCAGACGCAGGCUUCAAGAGCCACAAGCAGCUUGCGCGCGCCAAGCCUGGCGACCUGGUGUCCAGCAUCGAAUUCAUGUCGACGAAGCAGGCCGAGAAUCUGAUUCAGGCCGCGCAGACGCUCGUUGCGCGCGAAGCAACAGACCUCAUGGACGAAGCGUACACGCUGCUGCACCGGGAGUCCGUGUCCGCAACACCGAUGACGACACCGCGGCCGCAGCGCGAGGAGCACACUGUCCAUGGCGGUGGCGGUGGCGGUGGUGAUGGUGAUUAGGAGGGGGAGGCGUGGAUGGAGGCGUGAGCUUGUCGUGCUGAUUGUGAGCGUUAAAUCAGCUGUACUGGUGUGUGA